UCUAACAUGUACCUCUUACUUCAAACUACUACUAUCAUUAAACCUACCUCCAGCAUAACUAUGGCUUUCUCUGUUGAAAGAAAAUAUAUCAUUGCUGCUUUUGUUCUUUUAGGGGCCUUGGCUUGUCAAGCAACAUCCCGAACACUUCCAGAUGCAUCACUGUUGGAAAGACACGAACAAUGGAUGACUCAAUAUGGUCGUGUCUACAAAGACGAAGCAGAGAAGUACAUGCGUUUCCAGAUAUUCAAAGACAACAUCAAGUUCAUCGAAGAAUUUAAUAAGGAUGGCAGACAGAGUUACAAGCUAGGCAUUAAUGAAUUUGCAGACCAAACGAAUGAGGAGUUUAAGGCCUCACGAAAUGGUUACAAGAUGAAAACUAGUCCAGGAACGGCACAGACUACGUUGUUCAGGUACGAAAAUGUGACUGCAGUUCCAUCUAGUAUGGACUGGAGGAAGAAAGGAGCUGUUACACCUGUCAAAGACCAAGGCCAAUGUGGAAGCUGCUGGGCAUUUUCAACAAUAGCUGCCACAGAAGGAAUCACUAAACUCAAGACUGGAAAAUUGAUCUCACUCUCCGAGCAAGAACUCGUAGAUUGUGACAGAAAUGGGGAGGAUCAAGGCUGUGAAGGUGGCUACAUGGAAGAUGGCUUUGAAUUUAUCAUAAAGAACAAAGGGAUAGCUCUUGAAGCAUCUUACCCUUACACUGCAGCUGAUGGAACUUGCAAUUCCAAAGAAGAAGCUUCACGAGCAGCUAAAAUUAGCGGUUAUGAAAAGGUACCAGCCAACAGUGAGGCCGCAUUGCUGAAAGCAGUUGCCAAUCAGCCAAUAUCAGUUUCUAUAGAUGCAAGCGGAGCUGGAUUUCAGUUCUACUCCAGUGGGGUUUUUAGCGGAGAAUGUGGAACAGACCUUGAUCAUGGUGUCACCGCAGUUGGCUAUGGAAAAACCAGUGAUGGCACCAAAUACUGGUUGGUUAAGAACUCGUGGGGCGCGAGCUGGGGAGACAGUGGUUACAUAAUGAUGCAAAGGGGUAUUUCUGCUAAAAGUGGCCUCUGUGGUAUCGCAAUGGAUGCAUCCUAUCCAACAGUAUAGACCUUUCUAACCUAAUUGUUUCAUGUACCUAAAUCUGUAUGCUACGUGUAUACAGUGCAAGUGUGAUUGUGUGAAAAUCAAACAGUGUACAAACUACAAACAUUGUACAAACUACAAAGUCUUCCAAUGCCUAAUAUAGUUCAUAUGUACAUAGGAUACGCUCCUAAAACUAAUGGGCAAAUUGUUAUAUAUCCUUGCAGUUGCUUUCCUGCCACUGCAUGAAAUGUUUUAUACCA